CCCUGCACUCUGCGCAUCCUCCAAGGACACACCCCAUUUGAGAAGACUUUCCCCCACUCCUCAACUCUACUCCUUCAUUUGUGGAGUUUUCCAACCAGGGUUCACUGCAAAAUCCACUGAGAUUUGAGACAUCAUGACUGAAGAAACAACCGGAGGCAAUCCCACUAGACAGUCUGAUCCAAACAAAGUGGACACCAAUGAUGGGGGUCCGGCCAGGGGCAAGUGGGCCAAUAAAUGGGAGUUUAUGCUCUCCAUGACCGGAGAGAUCGUCGGCCUGGGAAACGUGUGGAGAUUCCCUUUUUUGUGUUACAAGCAUGGUGGAGGAGUCUUCCUCAUCCCAUAUUUCCUGUUCCUGGCCUUUGGCGGUCUCCCCAUUUUUUUUCUGGAGACGGCGCUGGGUCAGUACACCAGCCAAAGCACCGUCACUGCCUGGAGAAAGAUUUGCCCGAUGUUUCAGGGCGUGGGGGUCGCCUCGCUCAUCAUCGUCAUCUACGCCAACAUCUACUACAUCGUGGUGCUGGCCUGGGUCCUCUUCUACCUCUUCAACUCCUUCCAACAUCAGCUACCCUGGUCCACAUGUGAUAACUGGUGGAACACCGAAAACUGUCACGAUCGCUUAAGCGCCUACGCCAACCCGCAUCUGUUCCACCCAAACGCCAACUGGUCCUUCCUCACCAACAUCAGCACCUACGACUACUUUGAAAACGCCACUGACAUAUCCCUGAAUGAAUCCUUCCUGAUGUUGAAGUCCGCUGAGGAGGAAUUCUGGACCAAUCGGGUGUUGAGGAUGUCUGAGUUUAUGUCCCUCGGCAAGGUGCACUGGGACCUGGCGCUUUGCCUGCUGCUGGCCUGGGCCAUAUGCUACUUCUGUAUUUGGAAGGGGAUUAAAUCCAUGGGAAAGGUGGUGUACUUCACGGCGACCUUCCCAUACCUGUUGCUCAUCAUCCUCUUCAUCCGAGGAGUGUCGUUGCCCGGUGCCGGCGAAGGCCUGAAAUACUACCUCUUGCCCGACAUCAGCAAGAUGCGCAACCCUGAAAUUUGGCUGGACGCGGGGACUCAGGUGUUUUUCUCCUACGCCGUCAGCCAAGGAGUCCUGACUUCCCUAGGAAGUUACAACAAGUACAACAACAAUUGCUACAGGGACUGCUUGGCGCUGUGCCUUCUGAACAGCGUCACCAGUAUCUUCGCUGGCUUUGUGGUGUUCUCCAUGCUGGGCUUCAUGGCGUUCAACUUGGAUGUGGCCUUGGAGGACAUCAUUCAUAGCGGUCCAACGUUGGCCUUCAUUGCCUGCCCUAGAGCACUCUCAAUGCUACCCGGCUCCACUUUUUGGACCGUGGUCUUCUUCUUGAUGAUGCUUCUCCUGGGUCUGGACACACAGUUUGUGUGCGUGGAGAGUUUAGCAACGGCCAUCAGCGACCUGUUCCCAAAACGUAUGAGGAGACCCUACGCUCGGGAGAUCCUGGUUCUGGUGAUUGUGGUGGUCUGCUUCCUGCUGGGCCUGCCCCUCGUCACAGAGGGAGGAAUCAUGCUCUUCCACAUAAUUGACAGCUUCGGGUCGAGCGGCACCAGCCUGCUUAUCAUCGCCAUCUUUGAGAGCAUCGUCAUUGGCUGGGUGUAUGGCGCCGAUCGUUUCUUGGACAACAUUGAGGACAUGAUCGGGUACCGUCCGUUUCCCGUGCUCAAGUACUGCUGGUUGUUCGUCACGCCGCUGCUCUGCUUGGUCAUCAUGCUGUUCGACCUGGUCCAGACGCACUCGCUGAUGGUGUAUGACUACCAGCUGGGCAGCUGGGGCUUGGCCAUUGGGUCACUGCUCAUCCUCCUGCCGCUCAUCUGCAUACCGGUGUUCAUCCUUGUCUCGUUGGGCAAGACUCCCCAGAACAUGACGACGUCAUCUGACGAUUUGCGCCAGGCCCGACCUCACAAUCCCGCCCUGACCUUGUGCGGCCUCGUCGUCCAGGGGCCUGCCCGAGCCAGGCUGCCGAGAGAAGGCAUUAAGAAGUCGGAAGUCACCGGUGUUUAAAGGCCGGCUGACAUCAUCUUGUGUGUUUACAGUUCAAGCAGGUAUUCAGGGACCUAUUAAUUGACCUAUUUCUUAUCUUACAUCGUUAACAUAUCCUGAAUCAUGAACAUAUUGUAGCCACCAUUUUGAUAGGGACUCGCGAAAUUCAGCAAGAAACUAGACCCCCACCACUAAACUAUGGAGGCGGCAAAUGUCCUAAAAUCGAGCCACUAUCAAUCCACAUUAGUUUCAUUGGACAUUAUCAGUUGGUGGCGGUAAUCCGCCAUGACGAUGGUUUGCCAAUAGCCAACAAGACUCGCAGAAGAAGAACGAGGUUGGACCAAAUUAGAUACUAAUUAGAUACAGUUGUGGUUUGUGCUCAUAUAUUCCACAUUUAAUCAUUAUGUGGUGGGCAAAUAUUAUGACUGUUUGUUAACUACAAUGCUGUUAUACAAUACGGUUCUUUUUUCUGAAGAAAAAAAAAAUCACCUGGGUGUUAUUUUGUGGGAGACUGGAGCAGAGUGAUUUAAUUUCCAUUCAUUUCAAUGGGAAAUGAUGACUUAUUGUGUUUUUGAGAAACAAGCAUCACUCAAGGUACCACUCUGGUUCAUGGUGGCAAAGCACUACUUUUGUUUGGACGAAGCUCCUCAAUUCACUUCUACUUAGUUCCAUGGCACCAAAAUUGUGCCAAAUCAAUUUUUUUGUUUUAAUAAUGAAGGAUAGUUUCUAAAGACAUUUUUUAAAUGUUAGCAUGGCGCGAAAUAAUUACCCCAUGAGGUACGUGAGUAUUUAGGUUUUUUUUAAUCUCAUGUAGACACCAAUUUAUUAUUCUGUCUUUGAUACAUGUAUUAUAAACAUAUAUAAUGCUUCCAACAUAUAACUUUCAGCACUUUUGUCAUGUCCAUAUUCUGUAUUACAUACGUUAACUGUAUAUAACAUGUAACAUAACACAUCUGACCACAUUCUUUUGUAUUGAAUGUGAGUGUGUAUGCAUGUGUGUGUACGGCCAAAGUCGGUCAUGUGUGUGUGAUGUGAAGCGGCAUUCGAUGAACAGAUGAUUCUGUUUGAUUGGUUGCCCCACAAUUUGAGGGAAGACAAUUAAUCCUCGUUGUGUGUGCUUGUACAAAUGCUGGCUUGCAUUACGCAUACAUGUGUUUGUAUUGUGUGGUCAACUGUAUGAACUUUUUGAUUAUUCCAAUAAAUAACGUGAUUAUCA